UCUAUAAUAUUAGCAACCUUGGGUGAGCUGAGUGCGAUCUGCGAACAGAAAAAAGCGAAGCGAACUAAGCGAACCAAAUGAGAUAAGAAAUAAGCAAAACAAAAAAUCCCCAUUGAACAUAAACAUUACAUUACUUUCUUCGCCCAAUGGUUUUUUCGAGAAAAAUUGUUUAUUAUUCCUGUUAAUUGUGUAAUUGUGACGGUAUUUUGGUGGUAAAAGUAGUGUUUUAUUUAUUUUCGAAAAGAAGUUUGUCGGACUGUAAAGAAAUGUUACAGGAUGGAAUACAAAUCUACAUAACACUGGAAAAUUAGGACAAGGUGGUUUAAUGUAAUGUGUAUUGUGUAUACAGUAUUGGAAUGUGAUAAUUUGAUAAUGCUUCCUAAAACAGUGUUUACCCUUCAAGUCUGGUGAUAAUAUUUAUCCAAAAUUUUAUUGGUGAUUUACAAAUCUUGUUAAUUUGGUCAAAUUUUCUACAUCAAAAUGCCCACACUAAUAGGAAUUUCGGAGUUUAUUGAUGAGACCAGGGAUGAUUAUAACUCUCCAAUUACAUCAACAUUUGUGUCACGGAUGCAACAAUGUAGAAACACAAUUACAACACUGGAGGAGACUUUGGAUUAUGACAGAGAUGGAUUGAAUAAAAUGAAAAAGGCUAUAAAGGCCAUUCACACUUCAGGGAUAUGUCAUGUUGAUAACGAAUCAUGUCUAGUUAAGGCAUUGCAAAAAAUAGGUCAAAAUGCAAUAACAAAAGAACAUGAGGAAACUAUUGGCAACGCUUUUGAAAAAUUUGCGGUAGUUACUCAAGAAUUAUCAGCUCUUAUGAAGACGUUAAUGCAGAAUUUAAACAAUAUUGUUAUGUUUCCUUUAGACAGUUUAUUAAAGGGAGACUUAAGGGGAGUAAAAGGUGAUCUUAAAAGACCGUUUGAUAAAGCUUGGAAAGACUAUGAGAGCAAAUAUGCCAAAAUUGAGAAAGAAAAGAAACAGCAAGCUAAGGAAGUUGGUUUAAUAAGGUCUGAGAUUACUGCCGCUGAAAUCGCUGAUGAAAUGGAGAAAGAAAGGAGACUAUUUCAACUUCAGAUGUGCGAGUAUUUAAUAAAAUACAAUGAAAUCAAAACGAAGAAAGGUAUAGAUCUGUUGCAAAGUUUGGUGGAAUAUUAUCAUGCUCAAACCAAUUACUUUCAAGAUGGCUUAAAAACUAUAGAGCAUUUUGGAAAUUAUGUGGCAGAUCUUAGUGUGAAAUUACAAAAAAUUAAGCAAGCUCAAGAUGAAGAAAAAAGGCGCCUGACUGAUCUUAGGAAUUUAAUUAAGUCAACUCCAAAUUUGGAUAAAGGAGACACGUGUUCUCAAGUCGAGAAAGGUGCAACAGGCUAUUCAUUGCAUCAGCUACAAGGAGACAAACACCAUGGGGUUACCAGAACAGGUCAUUUACUAAAAAAAUCUGAUGGAAAAAUGAGACGUGUGUGGCAAAAACGGAAAUGUAGAGUUCAAGCCGAGGGUUAUCUGGAUAUAUGUCACGCUGAUGAAAGCAAACCACCUACACGGGUGAACCUAUUAACGUGUCAAAUUAAAAUGGUUCCUGAUGACAAACGGGGGUUUGAUUUAAUAUCAUAUAACCGAACCUAUCACUUCCAAGCUGAAGAUGAAGCGGAUCAACGAGCGUGGAUGUCUGUAUUGAUAAACUGUAAAGAAAUGGCGCUUAUGAAGGCAUUUGAUGAUAGUAGUAAAACGGGGGGAGACAAAGUAAAUAGUUUUAUAGAACUACAACAAGCCAUAAUUAAAUAUAUACAGAAGAUUCCUGGUAACGACUGUUGCUGCGAUUGUAACUCACAAAACGAUGCCACCUGGUUAUCAACAAAUUUUGGUAUCAUAGUCUGCAUAGAGUGUUCUGGAAUACACAGGGACUUGGGUGUACAUAUAUCCAGAAUACAAUCCUUAACCCUGGAUAACGUUGGUACUAGUCAAUUAGUUUUAGCUCGUUUCAUGACGAAUUUUACUUUUAACGACAUUAUGGAAGCUCGGAUGUCACCUAGCGAUAAGCUUGAACCGUCUAGUUCAAUGGAAGAUAGGCUCAAUUUUAUACGAGCAAAAUAUGUUGAAAAACGUUUUGCUAUGACGACAUGCUCAUCUGAAUUAGAAAAGAUGUACGAAAUGGAAGAGGCGGUGAACAGGGGUGAUCUUGGUCUCCUACUGCAAGUUUGGGCUGAAAAUGUUGAUCUGGGAGCUUGUUUGCCGUCGUCGAAAAUCGGAGAAACAGCUCUUCAUCGUGCAGUUAUUAAUGAGUCAGGUAGAACUCUACCAAUAGUAGAUUUUUUAGUUCAGAAUAUGUCUAACUCAGCCCUGAAUAAGACGACCAAUACUCCUGUCAUUCCAGAAAUGAGUGGUUCUAAUACUGCUUUGCAUCUUUGCGCGAUGUACGAUAAAGUGGAAUGUAUGAAAUUACUUUUACGUAGUGGCGCCGAAGAAAAUAUUCGUAAUUCACAGAAUAAGACUCCUAUGGAUAUUGCUCAAGAAUUUGGGAAUAUUAGCUGUCAAGAAUUGCUUCAAAACGCAGCCAAUCGACAAAAAAAUUAUUUCGAUAACAUUAAUAUAGACUGGAAUUUAUUGCACGACGAUGGGUCGACAGAUUUUUCUGAUGAUGAAACUAUUAUUGAAGAUAGGAAUGGUUCGUUAACUCCUGAUAAGAAAAAUCGAUCAAGGCCUCCCAGCUAUACGGCACCAAAUAUUCAUAGUAGUAUGAAAAAAAGGACCGCUCCUCUACCCCCUCCUGGCAGUUCUGGUCAGUAUGGGACACUGCCAAGUAGUCAUAGCCGGACUCCUUCGGAUCCUAUUGCUUCUGGAUAUCACACCCUGAAUCACACACACAGAAGGUCUCCAAGUAGUGAUUCUAGUUCCAGUAGAUCUGUGAUACCUGUUGGUAGUAAAUUAGUUCUACCGGACUGCAAAAAUUUAGAUAAGAUGGCUCACUUGAGAAGGCCACAAAAUCCUCCACCUCCUGCCCCCAAUCCUCUUAGCAGACUUUCAAAUGGCAGAUCAUCUGAAAGUAUUUCGUCAAUGGCUUCCGAUAUUGAUGUUGGAAUUGGUCAUCAUCCUAUUCCUCCUCCUAGAAGGAAACGGAAAUGCCAUUUGGAUAGAUUUGAAGCAAGUUAUUCUAGUCUGGCCUCAGAUUCUCCAACCCAACGGAUAUCAUCUAGUCCAGUGUCAACCCUUUGUUCUCCUCGUUCGUUACCUACCGCUCGUCUGUCAUAUCCUUUAAAUGGCACAACGGGUAUGAGACGCUGUAAAGCACUCUAUGACUGUGCCGCUGAUAAUGAGGAUGAACUUUCAUUUCAAGAGGGUGAAAUCAUCAUUGUAAUAAAUGAACAGACCGAUGAUGAUAACUGGAUGGAAGGAGUAGUCGAAAAUGAACCGGAAAGAACUGGAAUGUUUCCCAUAAGUUUCGUGCAUAUGCUUCCAGAUUAAAUGUUUACUUGUCGGUCGCAUUAAGAAUCUUUUACUUACUCGAAGACGUUCUCUAAUCGCACAUUCAGGCCCAAAUGUUAAAAAAAAAGAUUCUUCUUUGGUGUAUCGUAGGAGCAGUCGUAUUUUUGAACUUAUUUCACUAGUUAUGACUUAUCUCUAUGGGAAUGAUUUAUAUAUAAAUAUAUGUAUAUAUAAGUAUAUAUAUAGUUAUAUACCAUAUCUUUAUGUAA